GACUUUUGGAUUUUACACCCCUCCGAUCACGGGAGUUGACCCCCCACCCUUUCUAUUGAGCUUGCGCAUCAGAGCGGCUCUAGAAAGGACAGGUAAUGCGCCCACGAACAGACGAUGGACGGAUUAACCCAUGAGCAGUAUGCAGUGGGGUGGCUGUGUGCUCUGAAAUGCGAGUUCAACGCAGCGAGGAUGUUACUAGACGAAAUACACAAGACGCUUGCGGGGGCUAGGGGGGACGAUAACAGUUACCUACUUGGUCGCAUGAAGGGCCACAAUAUUGUGAUCGCACGCGUGGGGAAGGAGACGAAUGCUGCAGCGCAUGCGGCAGCGAAUCUUCUUCGCAGUUUUCCCAACAUUCGGUUCGGGCUCAUGGUUGGCAUCGGCGGGGGGGGCUCCCUCAGCGCCAAACACCAGUGAUCCACGGAAGGACAUUCGGCUUGGGGACGUUGUUGUCAGUGAGGCGGAGAAAGGUCACGGUGGUGUCGUGCAAUACGACAGGGGGAGAAGAAAGCAUGAUGGCGCAUUGGUGAUUGAAUCCCACUUGAACAAGCCACCACCCAUUCUCUCUCAGGCAGUUGGACGAUUACAAUCCGACCACGACUUUGAAGAUGGCGAAAUGGGCGAAUACAUCAGUGAGGCAGCGACGCAAGCUACCCAGCGCCCUACCCUGAGUGACUAUCGGUUUCCGGGGAGAGAUCGAGAUUUGCUCUUCAACUCGGCUUAUCCGCAUGCUGGUGGAGAUGAUUGUUCGACAUGCGAUAUCGGGCAGUUGUGUACUCGACUAGACCGCCAGUCAAGGGAUCCUGUGGUCCAUUACGGACUAAUCGGCUCGAGCAAUACUGUCAUGAAGUCCGCGCAAUCCCGCGAUACAUUGCGAGCCGACUGGAACGUUAUCUGCUUCGAGACGGAGGCAGCAGGUCUGAUGGAUAACUUUCCCUGUGUUGUCGUCCGAGGUAUAAGCGACUACUCCGAUGACCACAAACACGAUGGCUGGCAGCCCUACGCUGCUGUGGUAGCGGCUGCGUAUGCAAAGGAUCUGCUCAGGGUUAUCACGCCCGAGCAAGUGGAUACAAUGGAUAUGCCGGUACGAGAGGUAACAAGGCGAUUGGAUGGUCUGCAAGACCAGGUGCAGCAAGGAUUUUCGCAGACACACGGCCACGUGGAAACUCUGCUUGAUGAGCAGGAACAGAGGAAGAUGACAGAAGCCCUGGACUGGCUGUGUGCAACGGACUACGGGUCACAACAGACUGACAACCUCGAGAAGCGACACCCAGGCACCGGGCAGUGGCCUCUCGAGUCCGCCGAGCUCCGGCGGUUUCUUGACGAGGACAGGCAGACUUUGCUCUGUACGGGCAUGCCGGGGGCGGGCAAGACAAUACUUGCCUCCAUCGUUGUGGAUCAUCUCCUUACAAGAUGUGACCAUGAUCCUAGCAUUGCCGUUGCCUACGUCUAUUGCAGUUAUCAGCGAAGCAACGACCAGAGUGCCCACCACAUGCUUGCUAGCCUUCUUAAGCAGAUAAUUCGGAAGCGUUGUUCGCUACCAGACAACGUAAAGGCGCUCCAUCUGCGACAUAAAAGGCAGGGGACUCGGCCAUCGCUCCAUGAGAUUUCCACAGCCUUGCAGUCAGUGGCGGCCAGCUAUUCCAGGGUCUUUAUCAUCAUCGAUGCACUCGAUGAAUGUCAGAAACCCGAUGGCUCCCUUUCAACCUUCCUGUCAGAGAUGGUGUCAUUGCAAAAGAGAGCCAAGGCCAGUGUUCUUGCUACCUCUCGAUUUAUCCCGCGAAACACAGACGCAUUUGACGGAUGUCCGGUCCUCCAAGUCCGUGCCGAUGAAUCAGACCUAUGCAAGUACGUAGAUGGCCAAAUGUUUCGACUCCCCGAAUUUGUCGCUAGUUGCCCGGAGCUCCAAGAUGAGAUCAAAGCUGCGGUUACCAAGGCGGCCAACGGCAUGUUUCUCCUGGCGCAAUUCCACGUCGACUCACUGGUUGGAGAGAAAUCAGACAGAUCAAUCCGCGCUGCCUUGGACAGCCUACCAACAGGAUCCGGGGCAAUUAGCCAGACAUAUGAUUUGGCCAUGGAGCGUGUCGAAGCGCAAAUAGGCAAAAGCCCCUUGCUCGCGAAAGAGGUCCUCGCCUGGCUGACGUGCGCACGACGGACGCUCACAACCAAGGAGCUCCGACAUGCACUUGCCACCGAAGUGGGUGAGAGCAAGCUACACGAGGACAAUCUGCCGCAGUUGAAUGAUUUGGUCUCGGUAUGUCGCGGACUGGUUACGGUUGACCACGAAAGCCAGGUCAUCCGCCUAGCUCACUACACGACGCAGGAAUACUUUGAGCGGACGCAGAAAAGAUGGUUUCCUGACGCCCACGACGCGAUUACAGAUGUUUGUGCCACAUAUCUAUCGUUCGAUAUAUUUGCCAGUGGCCGCUGCGCGUAUUCGUCGGCGGUCGAACGACGACUGGAGGACAGCCCGCUAUAUCUGUACGCUGCAUACAACUGGGGAUACCAUGCCUCCUUAUCCUCCGCUUGCCCCAACAGCGUGAUCGAGUUUCUGAAGAAGCCUGCCCAAACGGACGCGGCGAGCCAGAUAUUAUUCGCCACCUUUAUGACCCUGCCCCACAUGCUAUAUGCGCCGUACUUGAGAGGUCGUCACUUGCUGGACUUUAACAUGGCCUCGAUAGAUUAUCAUGGCGACGAGCCGAUGGAAGCCACGGGCCUUCAUUUGGCAGCAUAUCUUGGGGUUACAGGCGCUGUCCAGAUCUUCCGGGACAGAAUCAAUAUCAAUGCUCAGGAUGUCAGGGGGCGAACGCCGUUGUCGUAUGCCGCAGAGAGCGGCAGGGUCGGGGCUGUUGAGCUGCUGCUAGAGAGGAACGCAGACCUGCAUCUACCAGAUUCCGAGGGAAUAACACCGCUGAUAUAUUCCGCGCGAGGUGGGUUUCAGAAAACAUUACAGUUACUAGUCAAUCGCGGUGCGAACGUCAACAGCACAGAUGAACUUGGGAGAACACCAUUAAUCUUAGCCGC